GCAAGACAGCCCAUAGGCUUUGGCUGCACCAAAGACCCGUCAGAGGUCUGAGCGUGUAAGUGCCAGUCGAUUAAUUGUUUGAUUGAUUCCCCUCCCCCCUUUUUCAACUUUUGGCCUCGACCUGUCCGACGACAAGCACACCUGUCCUACUCUAUCGCUCGCUUCAUUCGAUCAAGACCACUUUUCUUGCUGUCGUUGGCGAUACUUUUUUGGAUCAAUAAUUGUUUGAUAAAAUUUUCUCUGUACAGCUUAAUCAAUCAAACCGAGGACGCUGCGCUUCUCGUACACCCUCGCACACGCGGCGUGUCCUUGUUAAUUAGUACACCGCUGCGCCCGAUUAAAAUCGCGUCUGGGCCUCGUCAAAAGCGGCCACCCCCUCCGCCACGCCCGGCCAAUUUGAGAGACCGCUUGCCACUUAAAUCCCCAGACCACCUAAAACCUCCCUUCUCGUCAUCCACUCGCAAUAAGAAGACGUGUGCCCGCAUACUACCAAUCCUCGCCCCUCUUCUCCUCUUUUUUGACGACCUCACUCUUUAACAACUGCAUUUGCAUUCAACUGGAGGCGAUAAACAAACAAACAUACCUGACACUACCCAAGGGAAGCUUCGCGAUUCAGGUAGCAAGCAGCUGCACUAGAGUUGGCCGUACACCUCCUCGGUUGCGAAUCAAUUCGUUCUGUUUGUCCUGAACCACACACACUGCAUACAAAAACCUGUCCGCCCACCUAUCUACUUCAAAAUGGCCAGCACUAUUCCUCGUCAGCCAUUUGCUCCUCUGGACGGAACCCGACUACAGGGUUUGACAAGUCUGAAGAACAGACAGAAUGCUUUCUCUCCUGCUGGCAGUGGCAAACGAAAGGCCGAUUCUAUUGAUACAGACGAUUCGGAGAAUGUCGACCCUGCCCUGUUCGCCAAGAGGUCCAAGGGAUCCGACAGCUUCUUUUCAAAUGACUGCUUCAAACCCUCCACCUUCAUCCUGACCAAGGCUAGCAGCGGAAGUUCUAUUUCGCCAAAGACCACGGCCACACCAUCUCUGAACAAAAUCAGCAGGCCGAUUGCCAGGCCAAGAAGCACCAUCCAGUCCAGGUCGCCCAUCGCAAAAAUUAACUCGUCCGUAUCAUCGUCCACUCCUCUCUCAGCACCUGCAGGCCGCUCUCCGACUCGAGGCAGCAAGCGCGUAGGCAUCCUCUCCAAUCGCCGCCGCACAGCCAGCCCGUUUACGCGCGUGGACCCUCCAGCAUUCGGCAAGAGCAGCGGUCGUGGCGCAGCAGCACCAUUCUCUUUGGACGCCGCCCUCAAGGGCACCGUAUCAAACUACGCAUCGCGCCACAAUGUGCCGGCGGCACCCGUGGUUGAUCUCUACGAUUCCCUGGAUAGCUCGUGGACUUUCGAGAUUCACGAGGACACCCCAGAGCAGGAGAUGACCAACCUGUUGCAACACAGCACCUGCGUCCUCGAUAUCAGCAGCGAUGAGGAGAGCGAGCAGAAGGCGGUCCGGGAACGCGCAGAGGGUCGGGACAAGGAGAACAUCCCACCAGCUGAUGACGUCAGCCAGGUCCGCACCCGGCGCAACGAGGACGACAUGCUCGUCGAGAAGAUGCGUGGACCUCUUACCGAGAUGAAGGCUUCAGACUACUAUGCCGAUGGCUGCGGUCGUGACUCAUUCAUCCUUGUGCCUGGAGAGUACGUCGACGACGAGGAUGCUGAAACCGUUCAUGGCGACGAGGAGCCAAGGGCGCACGAUGACAUGGACACCAAAGACAAAGCCAAGUUUGAGUUUGCGCCAGAGCUCGACGCUGAUAUCUCAGUCGACGCGCUGAUGAGCAGGAGAGACGAGCCUGCGCCGCAAGCUGCGCUCCUGCAACCUGUAGAGGGCACCGGUGAGAGCUUUGAGCUCUGGGAGAGCGGAAGCUCAAGGGAUGAUGCUGAACUCGAAACCCCAGCUAGCCCAUCUCCCGACAGCCUUGCGGUUGAGGAGAAGCCCGAGGCCACAGCAGAGCCAGCAGUUGAGGCUGAGCAACCAAACCCUGAAAUCCUUGCUUCAUGACAUGGCGUUCAUGUUGUUUUUUCUUCAUCGGCGCCUUGAGCGGUUUCUUUCAGCCUCGACUCUUUCAGCUGGCUAUGUUAAUGUGUGACACAGGGAUGACGUUGGUUUCAAGGAGUUCUACAAGGCGUCAAAAGGGAUUUCUGGGGUACUGUACUGGAUAUUGGUCAUGAGGUUUGGUUUAUGGCGUGGGAAUCUGGGACUUUGAUUUGAUAUUUGAUGCACUACAGUUUCGUGUUGUUUUUUUUCCUCCCUGUUUAGGACAAUAUAUACUUGCAAGUCACUUUCUUGUUGACCCAAG